GGCCAAAGGGCCUGUUUCCACACUGUAAGUAAUCUAAUCUAAAAAUCUAAUCAAUCAGGUGCUGAGGAAUGAUAGUAUCAAAUGCAGAACUGAGGUCUAUGAACAGUAAUCUGAUUUAGAUAUCCUUCUUGUCCAGGUGGGUGAGGGCCAGAUGGAGGGUGGUGGAGAUGGCAUCAUCUGUUGAGUAGUUGGGACAAUACGUGAACUGCAGGGUGUCCAGCAGAGGGGAGCAGCAGGGUCUUAAUAUGCCUCAACACAAGCCUCUCAAAACACUUCAUGAUGAAGGGUGUUAACGCAACAGGGCAAUAGUUGUCGAGGCAGGACACUGAAAACCUCUUCAGCACGGGGAUGACAGCAGCAGUCUUGAAACACUGGAACUAUGGCACAGCUCAGGGAGAUGUUAAAGAUGUCCGUGAGAACAUCUGCCAGCACGUCUGAGCAUCCUCUGUGCACUCUGCCAGGAAUGUUAUCUGGUCCAGCAGCCUUAUAUGGGUUGAUUCUGCAUAGCGUUUCCUCACAUCAGCAAUGGUAAGAUAAUACCUGGUCAUUGGGAGGGAGAUGGUCUUCCUCAAUGCAUGUCAUUCCAUGUCUCAAAUCGUGCACAGAAAUUGUUCAACUCAUCUGGGAGGGAGACAUCAUCAGCACAAGCAGGCGAUGCUGUUCUGUGGUUGGUGGUAGCCUGAACACCCUUCCACAUGUUCCACAUAUCACCAUUGUCCUGAAAAAGACGGCGUAUUCUGUGUGUAUGCGUGCUAUGCCUCUUUGAUGGCCUAGGACAGAUUGGCCCUCGCUGUUGUUAGGGCCGCCUUAUCAUCUACUCUGAAGGUAGAAUCGCGGAUUGUCAACAGCACACACUUCCACGGCUUCUGGUUAGGGCAAGAAGUGAUGGUCUUACAUGGAGCGAUGUCGUCAAUGCACUUGCUAAUGUAGCAAACUAUCAAUGUUGCAUAACUAAAUUGGUGGAGUCGCCAUCGGCUGUCACCUCCUUAAACACAUGCCUGUCAAUGUGCUCAAAACCGUCUUGAAGAGCAGAAAUGGCUCCUGCCGGCCAGGUUUUCACCUGCUUCAGAACCGGUUUGACACAGCUGACAAGUGGUCUGUAUGCUGGAAUUAGCAUAACAGAGAAAUGUGUUCUGGGGAGCCAAGUUGGGGGCAGGGUCCUGUAUGCACUGAGGAUGUUUGUAAUAGGGCAAGUCAGAUACAUCAGGGACAUUUAAGCAACUCCUAGAUAGGCACAUGGAUGAUAGUUGAAGGGUAUGUAGGUUAAUUUGAUCGUACUAGGAUAAAAAGUCGGCACAACAUCGAGGGCCUGUACUGUUCUAUAUUCUUCUAUGAGGUGUUCUUGCUCUAAAAUGAUAUUAGAGUCCUGAAAAUUAGAGAGAAAGAUGAGAUGUUGCUCCUCCAGCUCGCCUCGCUGUUUUUUUUUUUGACUGACUGCCUUCACACCCUGCGGUUGAAUUCCGAAGUAAGGCCAUUACCAAACUUCAAACGUUAACGCUGGUUUUAUUUUCUUUCUCUCUCAGUCCCACAGAUCCCGCCAAGCCUCUCCAGCAAUUUCUGUUCUUUCAGUCCGCCCUCCGUUCCGCCUCAACCAAGACUCCCCGCCUCUUUUCCCCAAAAAUGGCCAGUGUCGGGUAAUUAAAGGGGCGGGGGCAGCCAGAGAGGGAGAGAGAAGUAAAUCAUCCGUCAGAGAGAGAAAAAACAAUCCAGCAGUGAUCACCAGCGGCGUUAAGAUGGCGGCGGGAGGUGUUAGAGUGCAGUGUGUUUGGAGCCUCCUGCAGCUGCUGCUGGCCCUCGGCGCGGCCCGGCGGCCCUUCUUCACCUCGCAGACGCUGCACUUCGGCGGCGGCGCCGGGGCCGGCGACCCUCAGGAGCGCGGCUUCUUCACCGUGGCGGCCGGCUCCAAGCAUGGAGGUGCGGGCACGGUGCUGCCGGAUCUCGGCGACAGCCGGAGCAACCUGAGGGCGCUGAACCACCGGCACCGGUGGCGCAGGAGCAUCGACGGAAAGGAGCAGCUGCAAGUCUUCGGACAGGUGAACCUCAAUGAUUCACACAAUCAAAUGGUUGUUCACUGGGCUGGAGAAAAGAGCAAUGUGAUCGUGGCACUUGCCCGGGACAGUCCGAUUUUGCAGGGACCUCACACUAGUGCUGUGUACGUUUCAUAUAAUUAUGGAAAGACCUUCAAGAGGAUCAAUGAGAAGUUCAAGCUAGAAGAUGGAUCAAAAAACCAAACCGUUAUUGCUCAGUUUUACCAUAGUCCAGUAGAUAAUAAACGGUACAUGUUUGCAGAUAUCAAAAAUCACUACUUGUGGAUCACUUUCAACUUUUGCAACGAUAUUCAAGGCUUCCAAAUUCCAUUCAGUCCUACUGAUCUUCUUAUGCAUAGUCGGGAUUUCAAUCUUGUGCUGGGCUAUGACAGUUCUCAUCCAAACAAACAGCUUUGGAAAUCAGAUGACUUUGGACGAACUUGGAUUUUGAUUCAAGAGCAUGUUAAAUCUUUCUACUGGGGUGUGGAACCAUAUGACUUGUCUACCACAGUUUAUGUUGAACGACAUGAGCCAAUGGGUUCCUCCAGUAUCAUUAAAAGCACAGACUUCUUUCAGACUGAUGAAAAACGUGAGAUUCUGUUGGAAGGAGUAGAUGACUUUCAGUUACAAGACAAAUACAUGUUUGCCACAAAGAAAGUGCAUCUCCUAGGAAGCAGUGACCCAGUAACAGUACAGUUAUGGGUGUCAUAUAAUCGGACACCCAUGAAACGAGCGCACUUUCUCACACGAUACCAUAUAGAGGAGUAUUAUGUGGCUGAUGCGUCAGAAGAUCAGGUGUUUGUUUGUGUCAAUGUCAACAGUAAUGUGACCAAUCUCUAUAUCUCUGAAGCAGAGGGCCUGAAAUUUUCCCUUUCUCUGGCAAAUGUACUGUAUUACAGUCCAGAAGGUGCUGGAAGUACAACUCUUGUGAGAUACUUUGCAAAUGAGCCAUUUGCAGACAUUCAUCGUGUGGAAGGACUACGGGGUGUCUACAUUGCCACCCAGAUGAAUGGGUCUUACACGGAGGAGAACAUGAGAUCAGUGAUUACUUUUGAUAAAGGUGGAACCUGGGAACUGUUGCGGGCACCAGCCUUUGGCAGUGAUGGCGUUAAAAUCAACUGUGAGUUAAUCCAAGAAUGUUCACUCCACCUAGCACAGCGUUACAGUCAAUUGCUGAACUUCCAGCUCCGCAGAAUGCCCAUUCUUUCCAAAGAGUCAGCACCAGGCCUGAUUAUUGCUACAGGUUCCAUUGGCAAGAACUUGGCAAACAAACCAAACGUUUAUGUUUCAAGUAGCGCUGGAGCUCGAUGGCGUGAGGCCCUUGAAGGUCCCCACUAUUAUUCUUGGGCUGACCAUGGAGGAAUCCUAUUGGCAAUCCCUCAGGGCUCCCCUACCACCCAGCUGAAGUACAGUACCAAUGAGGGAGAGACGUGGAAGACUUUUAACUUCACUCAAAAGACUGUUGUUAUAUAUGGAUUACUUACUGAGCCUGGAGAGAAAAGCACUGUCUUCACAAUCUUUGGCUCAUAUGCCCAGCAGUCCCACAGUUGGCUAAUACUACAGAUCAAUACAACAUUGGCAUUGGGAGUACCUUGUUCUGAGACUGAUUACAAACUGUGGUCUCCCUCUGAUGAGCACGGCAAUGAAUGUUUGCUUGGUCGGAAAGUUGUCUACAAACGAAGAACUCCACAUGCUACUUGCUUUAAUGGUGAAGACUUUGACAGGCCAAUUACAGUCAGCAACUGCUCUUGUACAAGAGAAGACUAUGAAUGUGACUUUGGUUUCAAGCUGAGUGAGGACUUUUCAUCGGAGGUCUGCACCCCUGAUCCAGAAUUCACGGGCAAUAUGUAUGCACCCCCUGUGUCCUGCCCCGUUGGCUCCACAUACAAGCGAACAAAAGGUUACCGAAAGAUUUCAGGUGAUACCUGCAGUGGAGGUGAUGUUGAGGCUCGUUUGGAGGGUGAAGUGCUGCCCUGUCCUGUGGGAGAGGAAAAUGAGUUCCUACUUUAUGCUCUAAGGAGCUCUAUUCAUCGCUAUGAUCUUUCCAAGGGCACAGAUGAGGUACUACCACUUCAGGGUCUGCGAGGCACUGUAUCUUUGGAUUUUGAUUAUGAAAACAACUGCAUAUAUUGGGCAGAUAUUUCACAGGAUGUUAUCCAGCGUUUGUGCUUAAAUGGAAACACAAGCCAGGAUAUAAUAAUCAAAGAUGAUCUACAAACUGUGGAAGCAUUGGCCUUUGAUCCCAUCAGCAAACUUCUUUACUGGAUAGAUGCAGGAGCUAAGAAACUCGAGGUUUCAAACCCUGAUGGAGACCUUCGUCUUACUCUGCUGAAUUCCACUGUAUUAGACCAUCCACGGGCACUUGUGCUAGUUCCUAAUGAAGGCCUGAUGUUUUGGACAGAUUGGGGUGAUAGUGCACCAGGCAUUUACAGAAGUGGCAUGGAUGCAUCUAAUGUCACUCGAAUCAUCACGACUGGCAUUAAAUGGCCUAAUGGCAUUACAGUGGAUGGCACCUGGAUCUACUGGACUGAAGCCUAUGUUGACCGAAUUGAACGAGCAGAUUUCAAUGGUCAUCAGAGAUCUGUCGUGAUACAAAACCUUCCCCAUCCAUAUGCUAUUAGUGUUUUUAAGAAUCAGAUCUACUGGGAUGAUUGGUCAGAAAUGAGCAUCUUUAGAGCAAAUAAGCAUGAUGGCUCAGAUGUGGAACCCCUGGUUACUGGUUUAACUGGAGUCAUGGAUAUGAAGGUUUUCUACAAAGACAAGACAACAGGGGAGAAUGCAUGUCUGGAGAAGACCUGCAGCUUGCUUUGUCUUCCCAAACCCUUUGGUAAGAGAUGUGUUUGCCCUGAGGGAGUGAAGAGUACAGUUUUGCCAUCUGGAGACAUUCAUUGUGAGUGCCCGCGUGGCUACUUACUAACAAAUAACAUCUGUGUGAAACAAGAACAUACUUGUCUGCCUAACCAGUACAGGUGCUCCAAUGGAAAAUGUAUCAGCAGCAUUUGGAAAUGUGAUAACGAUAAUGACUGUGGUGACUAUAGUGAUGAAAGAAAUUGCCCAACGGCUGCUUGUGAUCCUGACUCUCAGUUUAAAUGUCGGUCAUCAGGGAUGUGCAUUCCGAUUUCAUACAGAUGUGAUCGUGAAGAUGACUGUGGAGAUGAUAGUGAUGAGGAACAGUGCUCUUUGAACAGCUGUAAGACUGGUGAGUUUACUUGUGCUACUGGCAUGUGUAUACGCUUAUCUUGGAGAUGUGAUGGGGACAAUGACUGUCGAGAUUGGUCAGAUGAACUGAACUGCACCUCAAGUAAACAUACCUGUGACUCCAGCAACUUUUCAUGUCGCAAUGGACACUGUAUCCCACGUAGGUGGAUUUGUGAUGGGGAUGAUGAUUGCCGUGAUGGAUCUGAUGAAGAUUCAACUCUCUGUGGUAAGACUCCCUGUAAUGGAUUUAGCUGUGACAAUGGUAGCUGUAUUGCGAUGAUCAAGCGUUGCAACGGUGUACCAGAUUGUUCAGAUGGAUCAGAUGAGCAAAACUGCAAUCCAUCGUGUUCUCAGUACAUGGAUUUUGUCUGCAAGGACAAGCGUCGGUGCCUACACAGCUUCAUGGUGUGUGAUGGAGCUCCACAAUGCGAAGAUGGUUCAGAUGAAGAUCCAAACUAUGCACACUGUUCACAGACAGGAGAGUUCAACAGAACUUGUGACCCCUUCAGUUUCAAAUGCUUGAAUGGGAUGUGCAUUAGCAUGGAAUGGAAGUGUGAUGGAGUCGAUGAUUGUGGAGACUAUUCAGAUGAAGCAAAUUGCCAAAAUCCAACUGAAGCGCCUUCUUGCUCAAGAUAUUUUCAUUUCACCUGCCGGAAUGGAAAUUGUGUUCCAACGUGGUGGAAGUGUGAUCAAGAAAAUGACUGUGGAGACUGGUCUGAUGAAGAAAACUGUCCUGGUUGGGAACCUGUUCAACGUACAACAGAGACUCCUUUGAGUUGUGGUCCCAACCACUUCCGCUGUAAUGUCGGAGGAUGUAUUAUAAACAGUUGGGUGUGUGAUCGAUAUGAAGACUGUGUGGAUGGUUCGGAUGAGGAAGGUUGCCCCACUUUUCCAGCAGCAAGCGUAACAACUACUUCCACCACCACUGUGCAUCCAGCUGGAAAGUGUAGCCCUUCCGAGUUCCGUUGUGUUCGAGGCCAUAACUGUAUCCCCAACUGGAAGCAGUGUGACGGCCACAGGGACUGCCGUGAUGGGUCUGAUGAAGUCAACUGUCCUACCCACAUUCCAUUGCGGUGUUUGAAUGAAACAGUUUGUGAGGAUGGAGAGACUUGCAUAAGCCAACUGGAACGUUGUGAUGGAUUUCUGGACUGCUCUGAUAGUAGUGAUGAGAAGAACUGCUCAGCUGAUAGUUCAUCAUACAAAGUUCAAAAUUUCCGCUGGACAGUUGAUUUUCGUGGCGCAAUUUCUUUAAUGUGGGAGAGCCCAAAGAAUUUGCCACCAUCAUGUACCUAUGUUGUACUGUACAGUUUGGUUGGUGAUGAUUGGAAGAGCUUAGACGCUGGUAACAAAACAACUCUUGUUGUAACUGUUAUGAAACCUGAUACUACCUACCAGCUGAAAGUACAAGUGCACUGCCUUCUUAAGACCUACAGCCCAACUGAUAGUAUUAUAUUGCGUACACCGGAGGGCUUACCGGAUCCACCACAACAUCUCCAGCUAUCUUAUAGCCAAAUAUAUGAUGGUACUAUAUCCUGCCAGUGGAGUCGCCCUAUCAAUGCACAUGGUCUUAUUCGGGAGUAUAUUGUAUCGUACAGCAAGCAAGAAUCGAAUGUGUGGACUUCACUGGAAUGCACUGAAAACCACAUAAACAUUAGAAAUCUUGAGAUGGAUGUUAUGUAUGUAGUCAAGGUUGCAGCUGUCACAAGUUAUGGGAUUGGCAAAUGGAGCGAAUCCAAAAGUAUUAUGACAAAGAAAGGUCAAGCAAUUCCAGUGCCAACAGUUACAGUCGCAAAUAUAAAGGAAGAUGCUAUUGACUUGACGUUACAGAUGGACACCAAUAUUAAGGUGGCAAGCUAUGUAGUCGAUGUGUCAUGGACAUUUGAUACUCAUAUAAAGGAGAACCGGUCAUUGCAUGUUGGUGGAGUUCAAAAGGCUGAGCCAAUUCACUUACCCAUUUCCAAUUUAACUGCUGGUACAAAUUAUGAGAUUUCCACCUGGGCUAGUACUGAUGCUGGCGAUAGCCCAAUCUCUUUUGUACGUAUUAAAACGAAAGGAACCAGUCCAGCUCCUCCAAAACUUCAAGCAAUUCCAAUCAAUCAGACUGCUGUGGAUUGCUCUUGGAAUGGCCCAAAGAAUGUGGUUUAUGGAGUUUUCUUUGCUACUUCAUUCUUGGAGUUGUACCGAAAUCCAAAAAAUGUAACAUCAAGCAUUAACAACCUAACCGUGACUGUGAGCAGUGAUGAGCAGUACCUGUUUUUGGUCCGUAUUGUUAACCCAUAUUUCGGACCACCCUCUGAAUACAUUGUUGUUAAGAUGAUUCCUGACAACCGACUACCACCUCGCCACUUGCAUGUGGUGAAAGAGGACCAGACGUUUGCUGUACUGAAGUGGCAACCUCCGUAUGACCUGCUGAAUGAACGUUUAACCUAUGCAGUCCUUGUGAAAGAUACCAUCCGUAAAAGUGAGAAGAACUACAAAGUGAGCUCAACGAACAAUACUGUAGAAUAUAUAGUGAAGCAACUGGAACCAGGUGGAAAAUACAGUGUUGUCAUCAGACUGCUUAACAUGAGCAAGGAAGCAACUGUUUCUCUAAACCCAGUUCCUCUGUCAGCACCAGAGUCACUGAAAAUCUUACCAGAGAAAGACCACAUCCUGCUGUUCUGGAAAAGCCUCAAAUUGAAAGAAAAGAACUUCAAUGACAGCAGGGGAUAUGAAAUCCACAUGUUUGAUCAUGUGACUAAUACAACAAUAUGCCUUGGGAAUACAACGGAAAACAUCUUUGAGAUCUCUGAUCUGAAGCCUGGCCAUAACUACACAUUCACAGUGCAAGCCAGAUGUUUGUACAAUGGGCAGAUUUGUGGUGAACCUGCUUCCCUGCUGUACGAUGAACUUGGAAAUGAUCCAUCAGCUUCCAACAAUCCCAAAUCCACAGAUGUAGCGGCUAUUGUGGUACCAGUAAUGUUCCUGUUGUUGGUGAUGUUAGGUGUUGGCUUUAUUAUGUUAUACGUUCGUCAUCGAAGGCUCCAGAACAGUUUUACAGCUUUUGCCAAUAGUCACUAUAAUUCUCGGCUAGGAUCGGCUGUGUUUUCUUCAGGUGAUGAGCUAGGCGAUGAUGAAGAUGCACCAUUGAUUAAUGGUUUUUCAGACGAUGUACCGAUGGUACUGGCAUGAAGACCUUGCUGCGUCCAAGCAGGUGCAAGAAUUCUUUGAAGAUGUUUCAGCAGCAGGAAGAAAAAACCCUUUUUAAAAAUGCACUUUUCUGAGUUGCAAUACAUUAUUUUUAUAUGGACCAAAAUUUAAAAUUUAUUGCAGUAAGCUGUAAUACCUAGGUGAGACUGCAAGAUGAAUAGUGCAGUCCUGGUUCCUGACUGUAGGCUUUUGCAGAGCUGUGCUUGUGAUCUUCGCCUUCAGGCACCAUUUAAUUUUCAGGUUAUUUGCUUGGUGGAUGUUACAGCUGCAGUUUCUCUUUCUGAUGGUCUAUAGAUGGCAUUGCAUACACAAAGAUUAGGUUUCAAUUUUAAAUCUGAUUUUCCAAGACAUCAAUAUUGAUUUAAAUCAUGUUUUAAAAACUAUAGGAUUAUUAGUGAAAUAAAAUAAAAUUGCACAAAUGAUUUUAAAACUGCUACAAUGAUUACAGCAAUUGAAUUUGCUAAAUGAUUUUACUUCAAAAUUAAAAAUAGUUUUAGGUACCUAAAAGGGAAAAUCUGAUCCGUGAUGCAACAGAAUCUUCUAUGGAAAUUGAGUAGUUCAGUGGGGCAGUGCAUUUAAUAUUUUCACUACUUCCUUAUUUGGACUUAAUACAGUCUCAAUUUUUCACUUCAAACUGAUCAAAUAAUCAAUAUAAAAAAGAAAGAGGGAGUUGUGUAAAUUACAGAAUCAUUUCCAACAACAGAAAAGUUGCAAAUAUAGUCUGCUUAUUAAAUUAUGAUAUUUUAAUAUAGUUAAUGCAUAUCCAAACAAAGUUCAGUUUCACAAAAACAUCUCAAGUUGCUGACUUGACUUGAUUGAAUCUGGGGUACAAUCCUAAAAUGAGUCUGUACAGAAGAAAUCAUUGAGCCUGGGGCUGCACUUUGAAAGGGCUAUCCAAUUCAUCCUGAAGUCCAUUAAUUUCUUUUUCUCUAACAAUUUAUCCCAUCCCCUUUUGAAAGUUACUCCUGAAUCUAUUUCUGUCAUCCUUUCAGGUAGCACCUAUCAGAUCAUGGUAACUCACUUUUUUUAAAGAAGAAAUAAAAUUUUCUGUAACUUGCUACUGAUUCUUCUGCCAGUGUCACUUGGGAAAGUGCACCAAUUCUUCAGCCCCCACUACUCUUGGUGUUGUCACAGACAUUAAAGAUUAAAUUAGAUUAAAUUAAAUUCCCAAUUUACCUGUCUGAUGGAGUCAGGUUAACAGAAAACUCUGACCAGGCUUCUGUACUAACAAAAGACUGCUAUUUAUUACAAAGAGAUUGAUUCUAACCACAAUUAAGCAAAUCAUACAACUCCACAAGCUGAAAUUCUAGCUCCUUAAACACAAAUAUAGUCAGACACAAACAAACAAAGAAACCUUUCUGAUCUCCUGUUGUUUUAUUCUUUCCCAAGAUUUUUCAGUUCUGGACUGCAGGCCCCGGCCAGUUAACACAAUUGUUCAGUUUUUCAGUCAUUGAUAGAAGCAGUAGCUUUUAGGAAAUGGCGAGAGGUGGUCACUAGUUAUCAUCCAGAUUUUGAUUACUUCACUGUAGAAAGAGAGAGAGAGAGAGACACCGUUUCCCUGGUACAGUCAGGAGGCUUCUGUCACUGUAUUCUUCACAUCCUGUUUGUUCGCCUGCCCAGGAACUAAUCAAGAGUUGUCAUGAUGCUGACUCUUGGCCACCACACCUGGUCCCGAUUGCACAAACCAAUCAGCAGUCUGUCUCCACUGUGUGCAUACCCACAGUGCCAUGGUGUCUGAGGCACCAUUUCCACACACAACUGUUUCAACAGCGAAAACACAACUCUCAAUGAGUUCCAGUAACUUUGUUUUUAAAUUUACUUGAUUCCUCUUUCAGUCCUUGGUUUAAAAGGCCCUUUUCAAAUUUGGUUCAUGAUUCAAAAUGAAGGAAAGUAAAAGGAAUUUUUCAUAACAAUUACUAGAAUGCUUUUGAAUAAAUGUACUGUUUAUUGUGGAACAUUGUAUUUUCAAAGGAUACUUGAAUUGAUUUU